GUACCCGGCAAGAGCGGCGUGACUGAAAAUAUCUGCAGCUGUUGAUUAUAGAAUUUUAACAAAUUGGGUGUACGCAAAGUAUCUAUAGAUACGCCGUUUUGUCGCGGAUUUUUGAUUUUUAUUCUUUGUUGUGUUUGAAUAUAUAUUAGUCUUUUAAGAUAAAUUAAAUAAAGUAAGAACAAUCACCAUAGCUACAUAAUGGCACAAGUACGAUAUACUCGGAAUUUAUUCUUACGAGGAAUGUGUAUAAUAUACAUUUUCGCGUUUCUUAGCUUUUACAUACAAAUUCCAGGAUUAUACGGCGAUAAUGGAAUACUACCAGCUAGAACUCAAUUGGAUUUAAAAGGUCGGGCACCUUUGAUUGAUAAGUUGAAGCAGAAACCAACGUUAUUAUGGUUUGCUCCUUACUUGGGAUUAAACGUGGAAUACAUGUUGGAUGUGGUAUCACUUAUCGGAAUUCUUCUUUCCUUUGCAGGAUUUGUUUCACAAAAGUUUUGCAUCGCAUUGGUAUUUGCAUUACUUUGGGCAUUAUAUUACUCUUUGUAUCAAAUUGGUCAGAUAUUCAUGUGGUUUCAAUGGGAUGUACUUUUAUUAGAAGCAGGAUUUUUAUGCAUACUUGUAGCACCAUUUUGGUAUUCUCAGCAUGGAAAAAUAAGUACUCCGAGCGAUGCUGUAACUUUUUGGACCGUACGUUGGUUACUUUUUCGCGUAAUGUUUUCCAGCGGAGUAGUAAAACUUACUUCUGGUUGUCCUAUAUGGUGGAAAUUGGAUGGUCUAAAUGUUCAUUUUGAAUCACAGUGUAUACCUACCCCCUUGGCGUGGUACGCGCAUCAUUUGCCAAUAUGGUUUUUACGUUUCACUACAGUGAUUGUGAAUAUUUUUGAACUUGUCGUUCCAUUUUUAUUCUUUUUCCCGAACAGAAAAGUGAGAAUAACAGCAUUUUAUAUGCAGGUGUUUCUACAAGUACAUAUUAUAGCAACAGGGAAUUAUAACUUUUUUAAUUUCUUAACUAUUUGUUUGUGCAUUUCUCUGCUAGAUGAUCAAUUUUUUUAUAAAAGAAAAUCUAAAAACAAUUCCUACAGUCGUACGAAAUAUCUUUCUACGAUAUUGUGUAUAUUAGUUUAUGCAGGAAUAUUUUAUGAAACGUACGUGUAUUAUAAUCUUCGAGUGACAGAUAACUGGACCAUUCAAAGCGAUAUCGCAUUCACGCAGGAACAGUUUGAUUAUGUUUUGUCACGAAUAAUUCCUAUUUCCAUCUAUAUCGGUGUAAUAUCCCUUGGUAUUACAGCUGCAAAUGCGAUUGUUGCUUCUUUAUUAACGGUAAAAGGAAUGAGAAACAAAAUUUUUACGACCUUUGUUACAAUUUUGUAUACAGUAGCGGUUUGUUUGAUCUUUGCUAUAAGUAUUGUACCCUACGCCACGCUACAUCAUACUCAUAAUUCGACGAUACCGACUCAACUAAGACAGGUACAAAGAAAAGUCGAACAUCUUCGUUUGGUAAACAGUUAUGGAUUAUUUAGACGCAUGACUGGUGUGGAGGGUAGACCGGAAGUGAUCAUCGAAGGAAGCGAUAGUAUCGAUGGACCGUGGAAAGAAUACGAAUUUUUAUAUAAGCCAGGAAAUGUUAACAAUUCGUUGCCGUUUGUUGCUCCUCAUCAACCGCGACUCGACUGGCAAAUGUGGUUUGCUGCGUUGGGUACAUAUCAUCAAAAUCCAUGGUUAAUGUCAUUAGCGUAUCGUCUUUUAAGUGGUCAAUCCGAGGUAUUGAAUUUAAUGAACAACGUGGAGAGCCCGUUCCGUGAAAAACCACCAAAAUACAUUAAAGCUAGUCUUUAUCGUUACCAUUACACCCCAUGGAGUCAAUCGUGGAAUAAGCAAGCCUGGUGGACAAGAGAAAAGAUCGAGGAAUAUUUGCCAAUAUUUAGUCACGAUCACCCACCGCUUAUCGAGUAUUUGUCAAAGAUGAAAAUCAUUCAGGACAAGCCAGCUUUCAAAGUAACGAACGAACCGUUGAAACUUUUCCUUGAUAGCCUGAGAUCUUUGGUUCAUAAAGUAGAAGCUAGUCUUCUCCUGUGGGGAGUUUUUACGGCAGGUUGUGCAAUCAUUAUGACUAGCUACAAUAAUUCAGUUUUAAAGAAGAAGUAGUUGACCCGAUUGGUCUGUGAAAAUAAUAAUUCACAGUUGAUUAAAUUUAUAAUGAGAUUUACGUAUACGCAGUGGAAACGAUACGAUACGAUACGAUACGAUACGGUCAUACGGUUAUCAGGGUUGAGAUACUUUCGUAACUCGAAGUGAAGUUUGACUCUCUGUUUUUCUUUUACAUAUACGUAUAUCUGUUGUUUCAAUGUUCAGAAUAUGUUAAUUUUAACGACAGACUACUUUUACAAUCGUAUUACGUCGAUAUUCCGUCGAGUUUUUUCUUAUAUUGGUUUAUAAUCAUUAGUACGUACUUCAUCUCUCUUUCGAGAGGUUUAAUCGAACAAUAAAAAAUCGCGACCCAUUGUAACAAUCACCUUAGCGAAUAAUGUUAAAAAAGCAUUCGAUCUAAUAAAAAAAAACCACAGGGUUUAUUUUUAUUAUUCAUUGUA